CUUAGGCGCCUGAUGGAGAAUGAAUUCCUCUACAAUUAUUGCCCAAGGGCACACCGGGCGCCAGGCGGGGCUGAGGCACCCGUGCUGGCGCAGACCUCCACCACGGUCCGGGAAAGCGAGGCGCAGAAUUGGAACCAAAACGCAAGGCAAAAGGAAUCCUACCCUCCAGAAAGAAGUCGGGGCGUGGCCGGGGCGGACCGGCAAGGAGAACAGGGCGGUUAGCAUCAGCACUAUCCGGGCAGGGCUGGGGAGAGCCACCGCCCGGGAACGCAGAGCGAGUGGUGGUUAGGGGAGCCGCCAUGCGCACACCGAAACCCCGACGCCGAGCUCGCCACCUCCAUUCUCGCUGCACUGAAGGAUCCCAUCAAUGCCGACCGGAGUCGGUUACUUAGGGAUUAGAACGUUAAAAAGCUAGAGCCCUAGCCAGUAAGCGCCAUCCCGGUAGCAGGAUACGUACCAACGGAGCGGCGGGAGGACGACGUCCACACUCCCCACGUACAGACGGGUGCCGGGCGCGGCCGCAAAGGUGCUCUGGCGUGUCGUAAAAGGGCCGCGCGUGAGCACAGCUCUGGCAGACGGCUGGGACCCCAUUUUGGACGCCGUCUCUGCUACGAAAAGUUGGGGAACCUGUUGCUCGUCACGGCGAGCUCGGCCCUCUGCCCGGAGCUCGCUGUCAGCCGGCGGGCCUCUCCGGGGCGGUGACCGGGCCGCGCGGACGCUGGCGGCGCGAUGCGGCCCGCGGACGCGGAUGCGAACGAGCAGCGGGUGCCCGAGUAUCCUUGCGGCCGCCCCCCGAGCCCCGCGCGCGCCGCCGCGCCGGGACGUCGCCGCCCUCGAGCGCGAGCACGUGCGCGCGCACCUGCGGGCCCGGCGGAAGCUGCUGGAGGUGGAGAGCCUGCUGGACGAGCUCCAGAGCGAAGUGGACGCCUCGGCCGAGGGCGUCCUGGGUCCCGGCCGCCGCGCGGGCGGCGAGGCGGAGGAGCGGGUGCUGAAGCUGUGCGAGAAGGCGGAGAGGAAGGCCGCCGAGGCCGCGCUGAUGGGGCGGAGGAUCGUGGAGCUCCACCGGCAGAUAGACAGCUGCGGGUGCGCCUGAAAGACGCGGGGGCGGAGGCUUGAGGUCAGAGUUCUGCAAGACAGAAGACACUACCUGCCUGCAGCUGCUGAAGCAAGAGCCCAGACUGGUCAAGGAUGUGGAUGCCGCUGCUUUGAAUCAGAUUGAGAAGCCCCUGGGGGGCUGUUGGGCAUGGAGAGGGGUGGCGUCUGCAUUUUGGCAUUCUGCAGUCUGUCAAAUCAGGAGGAGAGCUGUGUUCUUUUCAUUUUCUUUGUUUGCUUGUUUCUUUUUUUUCAGAAAUGUAAUUUUUCUCUGGCAUGUUAAUUGGUGCACAUCAUAUAGCGUGUCUGGUGAGUAACCUAGAAUAGGGGAUGAGUUCUAGGUACUGUGUGUAUUGGCUGACUUUAGGGUAAACUUUUUUGAUAUAAUCAUGCAUUUCAGGAGCUUCUCUGCCACAACUGAACAUGACAUCUGUGUGGCCUGGAGGGUUUGGGGAGGAGAGCGUGGAUCUGACCAUGGCGGGCCCCAAAAUGAUAGCAGGAAGCAUCUUCCAGCCUGAGAUGAUAUCCAGCGUAGGUCCUCAGAGCAGACCUCACAGGGGUUGAGAGCAGAGCUCUAGCUUCUUAUGAUAAAGUUCACUUGUCUGGAAAAACCAAUGCUGAAAGCCAGUUUUUAGAACCUUUGUACAAAUAACCAAAGCCAUUGACUUGGCCAGGAAAAGGUGAGAUAAAUAAAUUCUUUUCAGAAUGAAA